AUAUGACUCGAAAAAUAAACAUUAAAUUCGAAUUUUGCGCGAAAUUAAAUGAUACCUUAAGAUUUGAAUGAGAAGUAAUGUUUAAAAUGAUGUCAAAGAUGCAUUUUUAUAUUAAGAAUGGCGUUUGAUAUUUAAAUAGGAGCGAUGUUUCGAACGAUUAAGUAGAAGAAAUUUAUCUGGAUUUAAUAUUAGAGAUGAAGAUCUAAAAAUAGAAUUUGAAGCAUUACAUGAAGGUAGGGUGCAUCAAAAUCUGCGGCGAUUUUCUAAUUUUGGACUUAUUCAUAUGACAAGGUUAUACGGCAGUGAAUAUGAAGAUCCGAAAGGGCAUUGGUAUGAAUGCAAAUGUGUAGAAGAUUCAUCAUUAAAAUUACAAAUUAGAUUGCUUUCUGAUAAAAUCACUGUUGAAGAAUUACAAGGUUUUGAUAAUACUGGUAAUGUAUGUAUAUGGCCAUCAGAAGAGGUAUUAGCAUAUUAUUGUAUGAAAAAUAAAGAAAUUUUUGGUGGGAGAAGUGUCUGUGAACUUGGAGGUGGAAUGACAUGUCUCAGUGGCUUGGUGGUUGCAGCUACAGCUGGAGCAAAGGAAGUUUUCAUUACUGAUGGUAAUAACAAAGCAAUUCAAAAUGUUAAUUUGAUAAUUGAACGCAAUCUGCACUGCUUCGGAAUUACACAAGUAGUAAGCAGACUAUUACGAUGGGAUAGUGAAGUAGAUUUAAUUGACUUAAGAUCUAGAUUUGAUGUUAUUUUAUGUGCAGAUUGUUUAUAUUUUGACGAAGCCAGACAGCCUCUUACAAAUACAAUUUGGAAAAUAAUGAAAGAUAAUGGGUUAGCUGUAAUAUUGGCACCUCCACGUGGUAGAACAUUCCAACAGUUUGUUGAUUUGGCUCAACAGAGAUUUUAUAUCGAAAGAUUGAUGGCUUACGAUACAUAUGUAUGGGAACUGCAUGUUAAGCUUAAAGAAACUCAGUCAGAUAUUUAUGAUGACAACUUGCAUUAUCCUCAAAUGUUAAUAUUGAGAAAAAUGUAGUGAAGAUAAUCCAGUCUGCCUCUUAUUCAAUUAGAAUACAGGUAGACUGGAUGUAAAUGGUUGUGGAUCAAAGAUAUAACAUAUCUUUGGGAAAUUUACUGCCCAGAAAGUUUUUUCUUAUCAUUUCCACAUUGGAUUCUUUUGGAGUAUGAAGUAUUUAUUUACAAGCCAGAUAAAUUCCUUUUAUCGUCACUGCAAAUUUGAGUUAUGCUUCAAAUAGAAUAUAUAUGUAUUUAAAGUUAUUUACAUGUGCAAAUUUACUUUUCCUAUUUAUUAAUAUUGUUUUAUAGAUGAAUACAUUUAUAAUUGUUAUGUGAUAAUUAUAAGUUUACCUUGUAGAUUGCAUUAUAUUGCAUUGUUUUGGCAGAUUGUAAGCAAGUAAUGAGAAAAUGUUUUAAAUAAUGUGAGAAUUUUUUAUAUUUAAUAAUUAAAAUUUUUAUUACUUCUAGUCAUUAAUGCCAAAAUAUUUGAUUUGCUGAAUAACAAUGCUAUAAUGCCAUAUAUUUAUUGUAUUUUUAAUUUAUUCAUGAUUUGAAUAACCUAAAUUUAUGUUUAGUUGACCAAAGACUUUAUUUAAUAUUUAUAAUUUAUGCCAAAUAUUUUUUAAUAUAUAUAAUUUAUCAAACUUAAAAUUAUUUUUCGCUAAUGUAGAAAAUCUUAUAUAAGAUUAUUAACAAAACAUGCAAGUUAAUUUGAAUAUUAGUGUUUUAAAUUGCUCCAUUUGACACUGAAAAUUUAGUGAUUUUUGUUUUAUACACAAAAAUCUUUUCCACUUGUAUAUAAAAAAUAUCAAAAGUAAUUGUUAGUGCAUAUGUGAAUAUUUUUGUCACAUUUACCGGUCCUUAAUUCUAUAUCAAAUUCAUCUAGUCGGAGUGAUGAGUUGUCAUUACUCACAAAUUCAGUACCUUACAUUAAGGAUAUUUUUUCCCUUACUAAUAAAUCAGUAACAAUUAAAAUUUGCAGGCAACAAAAUCACUUUCCUACUAUAUUCCUACAAAAUCUCUCUCUUGCUCUCUCUAUACAAAUGAAAAUGAACCGAUUUAGCAAUAGAACAUUUUUACAGAACAAAACAAAAAAAAAGAAUUGGAAAUUUAAAAAUUUUGAAAUACUCUAUUUAACAACACAUAUGAUCUGUUUCUUAAAAAAAUCAAGUUUAUUUGCUACAUAUCAAAUAUUUAUACUAUCAAAAAUCGAGGGGGGAAAAUAUAUUUUUUAUGGCAGAAAUUUAGAAUUUCAAAAGUGGAACACACUUUCAAAAAUUGUGUAAAUUCGGGUCCAAUAAAUAGUAUCCAAAA